AUGGUGCCUCCGCUGGCGCCCGUCCGCCUGUUGCGCCCGACAUCUCGCGCUCCCGUACGACUCGCCUCGUCCAUCUCGCGACUGCUCGCCCGCCCGCGCCACGGCGAGCGCGUUUGCGUCGACGGCUGGGUGCGUUCCGUCCGCAAGCAGAAGCGCAUUGCUUUUGCAGCCGUGGGCGACGGCUCGUCACUGGCUCCUCUGCAGGUUGUCUUCGACGACCCGGAGCAGGCCAGAGCCCUCUCCACCGGCACCGCCGUCUCGAUCGAAGGCGUAUGGCACGAAUGCCCCCCCGGCAAGCAGCAGUCGCACGAGCUGCAUGCCCACGGCAUCCGCGUUCUGGGCCAGAACGACUCGGCUGUGAGUAACGGAGAUGCCGCUGUGCCUGUCCGCCUGCUGAUCGCUGCGUCACUGCAGGCCUAUCCUUUGCAGAAGAAGUAUCACAGCGCGGACUUCCUGAGGACUCUGCCGCAUCUGCGCACACGGACCCCCUUCAAUUCCUUGCUGCUGCGACUCCGCUCGCAGUUGAUCGCCCACGUCACCAGCUUCUUUGCCAAGCAUGACUUUGUCCAGACGCACCCGCCCAUCAUCACCUCUUCCGACUGCGAGGGCGCCGGCGACGUCUUUGCCGUUUCCCCCCGAUCUGACCUGCGUCAAGGUGAUGCCGCCUCCAAUCGCUCUAACUCCGCAGACUUCUUCCGCUCGCCCAAGUAUCUCACUGUGUCGUCCCAGCUGCACCUAGAGGCCCUGGCGCAGUCCGUCGGAAAGGUAUGGACGCUGUCACCCACCUUCCGGGCUGAAAAGAGUGAUACGACGCGUCAUCUGAGCGAGUUCUAUAUGCUCGAGGCUGAAGUCUGCUUUGUCGAAAAGCUGGACGACGUCAUGGACGUGCUUGAGAGCCUGCUGCGCGAGAUUGCCACGAAUUUGACAAAUUCGACUGUUGGCAGAGAGCUCCUACUCGCUAGGUCAGCCGAAAGGACGAAGGACGAGGAUGCCUCGAACAUUACGCCGCAGGCGCUGUUGCAAAGGUGGGAGGGCCUGUGUAAGGGACCAUGGCCCCGAAUAACUUACGCAAAGGCUAUAUCAAUCCUUGAGGAUGCCGAGUCUCGAGGCACAGUGGGCUUCGAGUUCAAUCCCUCAUUCGAAAACGGGCUGCGUGCUGAGCACGAGAGAUUCCUGGCCGAAAAUAUCGGGCAGGGCGGUCCGGUGUUCGUCACGGAUUAUCCCCGCGCCGUGAAACCUUUUUAUAUGGCACCCUCUACCCAGGCUCCCGGAAGUGAUCUGGUUUCCUGCUUCGAUCUCUUGGUGCCCGAGGUAUGUGAGCUGGUAGGCGGCUCAAUGCGCGAGCACCGUCUACCGGAGUUGCUGGCUGCCAUGGAUGCUCAUGGCCUGCCACGGCCAGACCAGCAUAGCCCCGCAGCUAGCUCUGAGGGUUCCAAGAAAGCAAACGCCAAGGUCGAUCCAGCAGCCGCGAAAGAACCUAGCAAUCUGCAGUGGUAUACAGAUCUACGCAGAUUCGGUAGUGUGCCUCAUGGUGGAUUUGGCAUUGGGUUCGACAGGCUUUUGUUAUACUUAUCUGGUGUUUCCAACAUCCGGGAUGUGGUCGGAUUCCCCAGAUGGUACCAGCGUUGCGAUUGUUAA